GGUAUUUUUUCAGAUUUGUCUGUAAUUGUUCAGACACAACGUAAAUGUAGUUACCAAUUAUUCCAUGGGCCUCUUUCCAUCACAGGGGAAGGACAAGCGGGGUUUUCCCACUGUCCUGGGACAUGAGGGCGCCGGUGUGGUGGAGAGUGUGGGACCUGGAGUCACUGAUUUCAAACCAGGUGAUAAGGUCAUUCCAGUCUCGGUCGCUCAGUGUGGAGAAUGCAGGUUCUGCAAGAGUCCAAAAACAAACUUGUGUGACCGCAACUGGAUAAAUUAUCACGUCGAUUUGAUGUCGUAUCCCACAACACGUUUCACCUGCCGUGAUCAGCCCAUACUGCAGUUCACAAACACCGGUACCUUCUCUGAAUACAUCGUCAUCAACCAGAUUUAUGUGGUCAAGAUUCAUGAUGCCCCACUCGAGCGCGUGUGUCUGCUCGGCUGCGGCAUCUCUACCGGUUAUGGAGCUGCUGUCAACACAGCUGGGGUCACACCAGGCUCAGUGUGUGCAGUGUUUGGACUGGGUGCAGUAGGUCUGGCUGCAGUCAUGGGCUGUAAAAACGCCGGAGCCUCCCGCAUCUUUGCUGUGGAUAUUAAUGAGCAGAAGUUUGAGAAGGCAAAGGUCUUUGGUGCCACUGAUUUUCUGAAUCCAAAGGCAUAUAAUAAACCCAUCUCUGAAGUACUGGCAGAAAUGACCAAUGGAGGAGUGGAUUUCUCAAUUGAGUGUGUGGGCAACACUGAAGAGAGACCACGGAGAGAGCUGCACUGGAGUCGUGUAUUAAAGGUUGGGGUGUGAGUGUUUUGGUUGGCUAUACUGAUGUAGACUUUUCAGCACAGCCAAUUCAACUCAUAUCUGGGAAAACCUGGAAGGGAACCCUAUUAGGAGGUAAGCCAGCUGUCAGAUAAUGGUUUCUAUGGCUUUCAGAGUGCAUAUCUGUGCAUGUAUUCAGUUUUGUUUACAUGAAAAAGGUUUUAAGAUCAAGGACUCUCUUCCAAAACUGGUUAAUGACUACAUGACUGGCAAAAUAAUGCUUGACGAGUUCAUAACCCACAAAAUGGAUCUGGAGAAGAUCAAUGAUGCCGUCAACCUCAUGAAAACUGGACAAUGGCACAUUUCUCACUUUUUUCUUUUUUUAAAUCUCAGGUUAAUCCUAUAAGGAAAAAAGUUCAAACUUCCCCCCCCUAUCUUACAGCAUUCGAUGCAUCCUCACUGUAUCCAAAUGAGAAUCGAGCCACCUCCACCCAACUUCUACGCCACAGUUUCAGACAAUCAGAUGGGAACGGACUGCUCAGACUUACCGCAGACACACUCAAUACUAGUUUAAAGUACAGUAACCAUUUCUGAAAGGUGUAGAAAGAACUGAAGUGAUGGAAUUAAUCUUCUGCCUGGCUAAAAUUUAGAUUGUUUCACCAAAAAGCAACAAUAAUUCAAUACAGAUGAAUCCCUUGGAUGAUCUUUUCA